UCAGGUUCCAACACUUCCCUGCUGUGGCGACAGGGAGUGAUAAUUAACAGCUUCUUAGGCUGGGUGAUCGUUGGAAGGGCACUGCCAGGCGCAGAGGGCGCCCUGCCGCCCCUCCUCCGGCGCCUGGCUCCGACCUCACCUCCACCUCCGGGACAGGUGAGCGAGCGCUGACUCUCCGGCGAUGAUCAGAGUUUGUGACUGAGCUCGGGAACAAACUCCCCGGGGCAGGUUCGGCUCCACAACUAAGAUGAAGCAGAAAAUUUGGAGCUGGGUCACAGCAGCGAUUCCAGAAGAUGUUGUUGGCAGACUGAACAGCUCCCUCCCAGACUAAGCAGUGGCAAGGGCAGCCUCAGAUGAUCUCAGAAAGGGGCAGAAGAAGACAAUGAUGGCUUACCAGCCUUCCUCUUGGAUCUUCAUCAAUGAAAGGACAUUCAUUACUGGGGAACAACUUGAUUCUUUACUGAAGACCUAUAACAUCUUUUAUAGGAACCAGAAAAAUCUGCAUAUUUUAUAUGGACAGACUGAAGAUGGUAAGCUAAUUGUUGAAGGAACGUUGGACAUUUUCUGGGGAGUAAAACGGCCUAUCCAACUGAAAAUACAAGAUGAGAAACAAAUCCCUUCUUUCAGUGUGCUGGAGUCACCAGAAGAUUUUUCCAAAAGGGGAAUGACACGCUGGGGACAAUUUGAUGAUCUUUAUCGCAUUAGUGACUUGGACAAGGAUCAGAUUCCAGUGACUGGAGGAACAGGUUCCCAAGAAGACUAUUUAUCUUAUCACAGUAGCACUCUGAAGCCUCAUGCAAACGAAGAGCCUGAAUCCCCAUUACUCUACAGAACUAUGAGUGAAGCAACCCUGGUGAGGAAAAGGAUGACGCCUCCGAUGAUGGACAGAAAAGCCAGACAGAAGCAUAGGGCCUCUAUUAAUGGACACUUUUAUAACCACGAAACGUCAAUUUUCACUCCAGCCUUUGGAUCAGAAACUAAGGUCAGAGUAAACAGUAAUAUGAGAACUGAAGAAGUAAUAAAGCAAAUUCUCCAAAAAUUUAAGAUUGAAAAUAGUGCCCAGGAUUUUGCACUUUACAUUAUUUUUGCAACAGGAGAGCAGAAACGGCUAAAGAAGACAGACAUUCCGCUGCUGCAUAGACUCCUACAGGGACCGUCCAAAACAAAUGCUCGCAUUUUCCUCAUGGAUAAAGACGCAGAAGAAAUUAGCAGUGAUGUGGCUCAGUAUAUUAACUUUCAUUUUUCUCUCCUGGAAUCCAUCCUUCAAAGAUUAAAUGAAGAAGAAAAAAGAGAGAUCCAAAGAACAGUAGCAAAAUUCCGUACAGAAAAGGCAAUCAUAUUGAAAUACCUUCGAAGUAAAUGGGUAAUAAAAACAGAGACAACAGUUUAGCAGUACAAGUCACUAUUGCUAAGCCACUUCAACAAAAUUAGAAGGUUUUGAUACUAUUUCAGUGCAUAAAUUCUAUACUUGCAUUAAAAAAACAUAUGUGAACUUGAAUCUAUAGUUUGUUGAAUGUAAGGCUUGUCUCUCUCUGAAGUGAAGAGAUUAGGUAGGAUUCACAGUUGGACUAAAAGAAACUUGAAUUUAGUUUCAGUAACUAAAAUAAGCUUGGAUACUAUGUAUUCCAAAUAGUUUUUAGAGUAAAACACUCAGUGAACUUGAAUUUAAAUGGUAUCUUAAGAUACCAUGUAGCUUAAGCUUAUUUAACUUCAACUGUCAAGAGAACUAUCAACUAGCUCUCAGAAAUGAUUCAGAAGUAAUAGCUUCCAGCUCUUGAAAUAAAAUAUCAGCCCAUUAUUAUCCCACCAAGAAAUCUGAUGGUGAUGGUAUUUCACAGUUUCUUAAACUCUAGCCUUUUCAUAAAACCUAGGAGUGUCUUUCAGUCUUUUGAGCUAUCUAUAACAUCAGAGCUACCUGUCCUUUGGGACAGAAAACAUUAUGGACUCUGCUAAGAAAUCCAAAUCAUAAUUCUCUCAACCCGAGCCCCUCUUUUUUACCCCCUCUGUUCUACUGAUGAAUUUCAAAAGUGUUCUUAAGAUUUUUCUUAAGUCAGUUGAACUAGUUUUCUUUAUUUUUCCAAAUAAACAUAUCACAGAGAUUUAAUGUAUUUCAUCAGCUAGGCUAAGACUUGAUCCAUGAUAACCAUUUGUUGCUGAAUGAAUACAGAAGAUGAUGCAAAGCUAUGGGAUCUGAAGUUGGGCAGGAAAUCUCAAGCUCUCUUCUUUUUCUCCAAAAUAACUCAUUCCACAAGACAGGGCUCAGGGUCCUUCAAGUCCACUUCACCAGUCUGAAAAAGCACUGCAAAUGCCACAAGUUUCACCUGUGAUUUUACUUAUGAACUCUGUAUUAAAAUGGAGAUUCAUGCAGCUUUUUUCCAUUCUACUACUAGUUCUAUUUGCAUUCCUCAUAAGCAUGGGACUCAAUGGACUCACUGACUCAAUGGACAUGAAUUUGAGUAAACUCCAGGAGCUGGUGAUGGACAAGGAGGCCUGGCAUGCUGCAGUCCAUCGGGUCGCAAGAAGUCGGACACAACUGAGUGACCGAACUGAACUGAAUAAGUAUUGGAUUACAUUGAUUGUAUUACACAUACCAUAGGAUACGGUUGAGUGUUGUAAACCCAGUUGGAAGAUCAGCUAUCAAAACAUGAAACAUGUUUAAGACAAAGUAUUACUUCCCAAUGUCACCAAAUCCCAAACUGGAUGAAAGUAAAAGUGCGCUAUGAACUUUUCAGUCCUAGGAAAUCUCCUUUAUUGAAUAAGACAGUGGCUUGCAUCUUUAUCCUUUUAUCUAUGAGUUAAUAAGAAAGUCUCAACUCACUAAAAUAAAGCAAAUAUAGUGGUUAAAACUCAGUAUACUCAAACCUACUUAUUUAAAGUAGUCUCAAGUAUCUGCCAUAGACAUGACAAAAGAGUCAUCUUUAAUAUCUUGAAAGUCUACAAAAUGGAAAAAAUAAUAAGUAAGAAACAUGGUUUAAAAAGUAAAAUUGCAGAAGAGAAAAUGCAAAUAGCUACUAAGUGUGUGGGAAAAGUUGUAUCUUAAUAGUGAUCAGUGGUAUUAGUCUGUGUCUAAAGAGGAGACAGAAAUCACACAGUCAUUUAAAUGGGGGUUAUAAUUUAAUAUAAAGAACUAUUUAGCUGUGAUAAUAGGAGAGCAACUAUAAAAAUGGAAAGGAAACUCUAAAAGGGACCCUAGUCUGAGGAAGAAUACCCAA